AUGCUCGGAAUCGGCGGCCUCGUGGCCUCCCCCACCAUCGACCUCUCCGCCGCGACCAGAUCCAGGCUGCCCUCACGCGCCCCGUCCUCUGCCGCCGCUGCCACCAAGCCCGACACAGCCAGCCCCGCCCUCACCCGCACGACCGUCUCGCUCGAGUAUGCCUCCCUCCGCCACACCGGCCACUGUCCCCUGGGCAUGUAUGUCAUCGCGUCCCCCGCAGACCUCCUCGUCUGGGACGCCGUCUUCUUCGUCCACCAAGGUCUGUACCCGUCGGCACUUGCGCCCCCUUCACGUUCAGCUGCGGCUGCUGCGGUUGCUGACUACGACUGCGACGCGUCGCCAGGAUACUACGCCGACUCGAUUCUCAAAUUCCGUCUCGUGUUCCCUCCGAAUUACCCGGAGCGCCCGCCUACCGUCCAGUUCGUCACCGACGUGUUCCAUCCGCUCAUCUCACAGCAGGAUGGCACCUUCAACCUUGCACCGCGUUUCAGGCCGUGGAGACCAAAGGACCACCAUGUCUUCGACGUGCUGCACUUCAUUAAAGCUGCGUUCAAGAAACACGCCCUCGACGAGAUUAAGGAGGCGGAAAGUCUGAAUAAGGAAGCGUACAGAUUAUAUCAUGACACUACCUCGUCCUUUGCCGCUCUCGCUACGCAGUCGUCAAUGCUGUCACAAUCCGCAUCAGCGUUGUUUGACCGCGACCACCCGUCCAUGGCAGGCAAGGGCUCGCACGCGAUGCAGUUCCGCGAGCUCAAGUCAGAGCACCUAGACACCCUCCGCGCCAAGCUCGGCCUGCACGAUUGGACCGAAAGCGAGGUCCCGUAACACGUAACUCACACUUACGUGUUGACAACCACCCUCGAUUCCUCGAGCCCCAGCCCGCAGAUGCCUCGUGCGGCUACCCGGUGUAGGGAGUCCGACGCCAGAACACCGUAGAAUACGUCAUGCGUAACUAGUGCAGUAGCAGAUGUACAGUACUUAUAUAUCCUACUUGUAUGAUACCCGAGACAUGCGUCUAGGAAGAUACACAUCGAUGGCGACACCGCAGCGCUUGCAAAGUUGCCAUGAACGUCCAUAAUCAUGUAAAGUCGUCAGGAACCAACACAGAAAGGCAGAAAGUCUACUGCACUAAACCCCCGUGUUCGUGCACAACAGCCUGGAGAAGCACUCGCCAGGCAUGCACAGCGGGACCCGCCCCUC